AUGUUUGUGAUUAAUGAGCCCCAGAAGCUGCAGAUUCUGUAUGAGUCCUUGGAAAAGAGCACCCCUGAGUCCUAUAAGGUAUAUGGUGCCAUUUUUCACAUUAAAAAUAAAAACCCAUUCAACCUGGAGGUGCUGUGGCCAGAUUAUCAGAUAGUCAUCAGUCGGCCUCAGAAAGAGGAGAUGAAAGAUGAACUGAAAGGAAACUUUCGGAGCAUCUUCUUGGAUACCUCACAUGCAGGGCUUGUGAAUGAUCAUUGGGACUUUGGAAGAAACGAGAGGAGCUUGAAAUAUGUUGAACGCUGCCUACAGAAUUUCCCAGGGUUCGGGGUGCUGGGUCCAGAGGGGCUCCCUAUCUCGUGGACUGUGAUGGAACAGUCCUGUGAGAUGAGGAUGGGUCACACAGUCCCUAAAUACUGACGCCAAGGCAACAUGUGGCAAAUUGGUUAUCACCUGGUAGAGUAUAUUAUUCAGAAACAAAUACCAUUCUAUGUUCAUGUGCGAGACAGUAAAGAAAAUUACAAAGAAGACCUGAGAAAUUUUGGAUUUCAGUUUCUUCCUUGUGGCUGGCAUCAGUGGAAGUGCACCCCCAAGAAAUAUUGCUGA